UUGCAUUUGUUUUAUUAUAGCAAAUGGUAUCGUAUAUUGAAUUACUGGUCGGACCGUAAUAUCUCGGGUCCGAAACCCAUACCAUAUUUUGGCAAUACUUUACGUCCGAUCUUAAAAGGCAAAGAAUGCGUUGAUAUGGAGUGGUAUAAGACUUUCGGGCAAUUCUACGGGGUUUAUGAGUUGGCAAAACCCUGUCUACGUGUGUCGGACCCGGUGCUCAUCAAACAGAUUCUGGUGAAAGACUUUUACAAAUUCCGUAACCGAAAGAAAAACUCCGUUGCGGACAAAAUUGCCGUUUUUAAAAACACACUAAACCGGGCCAGAGAUGGCCACUGGAAACGCAUCCGAGCGCUAAUCAGUCCGACAUUCACUUCGGGUAAACUCAAACACAUGUAUCCACUUAUCAACGAGUGUUGCCGUGACUUCUUGGCCGCACUCGACAGAGACGUGUCCACCGGUCGGACAGAAGUGGAUGUAAAGCAAUUGAUGGGCGCCUAUACUAUGGAUGUGAUCGCCAGCACAACUUUUAGCACCAAAAUCAACCCCUAUUCCAAUCCGAACAAUCCAUUUACAUCCAAAUCAAAAGCAGUGUUUACUGAAAGACCAGUCUUGACAUUUUUAUCAUUGAUUUUACCAAAAUUUAUCAUAAAUAAUAAUUUGUGGAAAAUUAUGGUAAAAGAUCCGGAAGUCGCCACCAGAUUUUUUAUAGACUUUUCAAUGAAUUUGAUAUCAGAGCGCAAAAAGUCUGACAACAAACACAACGAUUUUUUGCAACUUCUAAUAGAUGCGGAAAAAGAGGACAAUAACACGACGACGACUACGGGUGCGGACUCUGUGGCCAGCGAUGCACUGGAAGGACAUUACGUGAACGACGGCGUCGAUCAACUGAUGGCAGAGAAACAGGCGUUGAGUGGAGUCGAGGAGAAAAAGUUGACUACAGAUGAAAUUCUUGGGCAAUGUUUUCUAUUCUGUGCCGUCGGUUAUGAAACAACGGCCAGUACUCUGUCGUAUUGUUUGUAUGAGUUGGCACUCAAUCCCGAUAUUCAGGACCUAUUGGUGGCGGAGACUAAAGAGGCGUUCAAUGAAAACACGGCAGACAUAGACUACGAAACCCUUUGCCGACUCCCACUCCUCGACGCCGUUAUAUCGGAAACUCUUCGCAAAUAUCCGCCAACUCUUAGACUGGAGAGGGAGGCCAUGGAGGACGUGAUGUUGACCAGAGAUACCGAUGGAUCAAUGUUUAAAAUUGAAACUGGAGUUCCUCUAGAGAUAUCGGUGUAUGCCAUACAUCACGACCCCGAUCACUAUCCCGACCCCGAGGCCUUCAAACCCGACCGGUUUUUGCCUCAAUAUUGCCAUCACAUCAAACCCUAUACAUACCUACCCUUUGGCGACGGACCCCGUAAUUGCAUUGCUAUGCGCUUUGCAUUACUUAUAGCCAAACUAGUGUUGGCCAAAAUGAUACAACAAUUCCGGUUAUCUCGAGUGCCCGAUACGGAUGUGCCCAUUAUUUUCAAUUCAGGGCCAACUCUAUUACAUCCUACAAGGCUUGUGCUCGGAGUUGAAAAGAGUUAA